AUGAACGUCCAGCCCAUCCAGGCCAUUGAGGAGGUCAACAUGUUCAAAGAGGACGGCAACGUUAUCCACUUCGGUGCUCCCAGAGUCCACGCCUCCGUCCCCUCCAACACCUUCGCCCUCUACGGUAACGGCGAGGAGAAGGAACUCACCGAGCUUGUCCCCGGUAUCCUGAACCAGCUUGGUCCCGACAGCCUUGCCUCGCUCCGCAAGCUCGCCGAGAGCUACCAGAACAUGCAGAAGAACCAGGCCGGUGGUGAGGGCAAGAAGGACGACGAGGAGGAUGAUAUCCCCGAUUUGGUUGAGGGCGAGAACUUCGAGAGCAAUGUUGAGUAA